UUCCUUGGCAUCCUUACAUCCGUCCUACCCGCAGUCCUGGUACUAAAUCGUCGGUCUGCAGUGGAUUGGAGUCCAGGCUGCAGGGCGGACAGGGCGGACCGGACCCCGGCAGGCUGAGCUCUGAGCUCUGAGCAGCAGGAUGACCAGCGUGGCUCCGACAGCCACUGGCAUGACAGCCCUGGGCCCGCCCCCAGCGCAGCUCCUCACCAAUAAGCAUGCAUCUCCCUCUCGGGUAUCAUCCAGGCACAGCAGCCCUGCAGGGUCUCCGAGGUUGGAUCGAGUCCAAUUAGCAAAAGAGCGACGGGAGGAGAAAGAGAAGACGCACGAGCUGUCGGAGGUGCUGCGCGAUAAGGAGCGUCGUGCGCAGCAGCAGCUGGAGCGCUGUGCGGAGGAGCGAGGCAGGAAGCUGGAGGAGCAGAGGAGGAAGGAGCAGCUCCGCAAGGACGCGGCCGAACUGAGGAGGCGGCAGCAGCAGGAGGAGGAGAAGGAGAGGCUGGAGGCCCUCGUCCGUCGGAGAGCCGGGGCGGCUGAGCGGCGAGGAGCAGGAGGAAACGGAGGAGCUAAUGGAGGCGGUGGAGGAGGAGGCGCAGGGGAGGCCCUGGAGAACAGGCCCAAGCGGUGGACGUGGGGAGGACCUCCUGAUGGAGUGGAGGGUAACCCUAAGACCCUGCCCUGCCAUGCCAUUGGCUCAGCUCAGCCCAAUGAGCUUCCUGCUGCUGCUUCCAGUGCCAGCCAAUCCCGGAACGUCAAUGACUUCCUGACUCCGCCCUCCUUGGAGCAGACGAUCACCAAACGCCUCUCCAACUCUUCAGCUGCUCUUCUCUCACCAGACAGAGCCUCCCCCAACAACCACAGACAGAACAGAAGUUCCUCCAACCGCAGGAGCAUCGCUGGACUCCCUGAAGAGACCGCAAGAGCCAAAACACCUACGACAGAGGCUCCAAACACACCGGUCCGCAGUGCUUCCUUCAGGAACCACAGCAAAGGCCCCAGCACACCUAAACGGGUUAAGUCGGCCAGGAGUCGUGCUGAGUCGCCCUGCUCCCCUGGCCAGUACCCCCCCUCCCCGCUCCGCCAGCGGGCCACCACCCCCAGCACUGACGACAGGGGUCACGCGGAGGUCAAAGGUCAUGGCACCCUGGAGAAGAAGUCCUCCAAGUCGGAGAACUCCGAGAAGAAGAUCCCCAAAUCCACCAGCAGAGAACUGACCGCAGAGUCUCCAGGCACGCCCACAGGCAGGAGCGUUGGUGGGACGACGGAUGCUGAGGAGGCGUCCCGGCUGCUGGCUGAGAGGAGACGUCUGGCCCGAGUACAGAAGGAGCAGGAGGAGAGACAACGGCAGGAGGAGGAGAGGCUGAAGGCCGAGGAGGAGCAGAGGAGGCAGGAGGAGGCGCGGGAGAGGCAGGAGAGAGCGGCACAGCAAGCCGAGGAGGAGCGAGCGAGGCGGGAGGAGGAGAGGAGGAUCAGGGAAGAGGAGGAAAGACGGCAGAAGGAGCAACGAUGGAAGGACAUGCAGGAGCAGCUGGACAGAGAGAGGGAGGAGGCCUUCCUGCGAGCUCAGAGAGAGGCGGAGAGGAAGAGGCAGGAGAGAGAGCUGCUGCACAUCCAGGAGGAGCAGGAGAGACAGCAGAGGAAGAAGAGAAUUGAGGAGAUUAUGAGGAGAACACGAAAGAGCGAGGUCGACCCUCCGUCUCCUGCUCCAGUGUCUGAGGCGAGGGCGCAGAGCGGCGGCGGCAGCGUGGAGGAGGACGCCCCGACUCCGGCCGAGGCCCCCGUCAUCACACUGGGACCCCUGGAGAGUAAGAGCUGUGUGGACGAGCUGUCUGAUGGGGUCCAGUCCAUGGACGUCAGCCCGGUGUCCCGGGACGAGCAGGCGAGUGCUCAGGAGUAUUCGCCAGUCACCGAGGGAAUCGAUGGAGUGAGUAACGGUUGCCCCUUGGAGCACCUGAUGGACCUGGACGCCCACGGGCGAGGCGAGGGUCAGGGUGCCAAAACGCCCCCGUACCCCAAGCUGCAUGCCGGCAGCAGAGCAGAUCUGGGCGACCUCAACAAGAACCUGCUGAUCCAAGCUUACAACGCCGCCUCCGAAUCCUCCCAGCUCAUCCACAGCCUCGGCCCCGGCAAACUGGACGUCCAGUAGCCAGGAAGGUGAUUUGCUGCAGGAGCUGGCAGCUUCACUGCAGACAGGAGCCAGGAGAAACCGGGAGGCCUCUCCUCCAGCAGAGAGACCAGACUGACAGACCAUCGCCCUCUCCAGCCCUCCGUCUGACCCCCCCGCCCCAAGGAGCAACUUCCUCAUCUGUAUCACCCAGCUCAUCUCCUGGAUACCCUGGACACACACACACACACACAUACACACACACACACACACACCACAUGUUCGGAACUGUAAAGCUUCUGGCAACAUUUUGAGGCAACUUUGAUGAAUCACAAACAUAACUCAGUCUCUCAAAAUAAACAUAAAUAAUGUGAAGAUUGCGUUUCUCCAUCAUGAAGGGAUUAUGUGAUAGUAGAAGAAAUGUGCACACGUCAUGUUACCGUGUUGAUUGUGUGGAAAACGUCAGUGAACAGGUUUUGUUUUGGCAAAUAAAAUGACUUAGAUUUUUCUGUUUCCGCCACUUAAUCCUUUCCUGAUGGUGAAACAGAUUUCUUUUACUUGCCGCUCACAUUAUUUGCACUUUAAGACAGAAAGAAAUACAAAUACACCAUGCAUACAUUUAUUCCUGUAAGCUCACUCUGUAAACAACACGGAUACCAACCCUCUUGACCCUGCCUUCCCCAAUAUUUUCCGUCUGCAUCGCCUCAAAGUGUCCCUGGAGCAUCAGCCGCUCCCGACCCUCAUCCCUGGCUGUGUAAUACUCUGUAUAUAGCUCUGUCUCAGUGUUGGACUCUGUUCUUAGUGAGGGGACAGGAGGUGACUCUGAUCUGUAGCGUGUAUUCAGUGGGAAGCAGUAGGACAGACGCUGUUGAUGUGAAAACUGUGUAGCACCUUAAGUGGGAACUCACUAGAUAAACCCGUCUGUACGUCAAACACAGCGACGGGCUGUUGUUGGCUGUGUACCUCAGCAGCAUCUGGGUCAGUGUGUUCUCUCUUUCUGUCAGUGUUUCUGAUGGUUCCUGUGUGUUAUGUCACCACUGACCUGCUGUACUGUCGACUCUAAUUCAGCCACUUAUUAUGACUUCUAUAAAAACCCAGCUUACCCAAUCUACUGUAGAUUUUUCUGUCAUCCUGACAAUGAAGAAAAUCUGAUGUUAUAAUCCUGCUGAUCACCCGUAACAAGUAGCCUAUAGCUUUGGUUUCUCCGCUGCCCGUCACUCAGCUGACGGGACGAUUUGUGGAGGAGCGAUUUUCCACAGUGAGGAUGUGAGAGAGAAAUGGGGGGUGGGACUUAAAAUGUCAAAAUGUCCUGUAUUUUUAUCUGCAGGUCAGGAAAAUAUUGACACGGCGUGUUGUGUGUAUUUGUUUGGCACUCACUGUAACCGCGCUAGCUGCAGCUUUUAAUGUGCACUUAGUUGUGUGUCUCACCGCUCUGAAGACGCUCGUACCUCCUGCUUCACGGCUCAUCCUGUGAGAAAAAAAAAGAAAAAAAAAAAAAAAGAAAAAAGACCCAAACUGAAAUAUAUACCUCACCGAUGCAGCAAACAGACUCUGGUGUUUAUUAACGGCGUUCAUCACCAUGCAGCUCAUCACCUCUGAGGCCUUAAACCUCUCAGCUGUCACCAUCGACCCCCCUCCCCCCCUCCUCCCUUUGCUUUGCUGUGAGGGUGGGCGCCACCCAGCAUGUGUGCUCUUCUCGCUGUUUUAGGUGUCACAUCGAGGGACGAUCUUCACGUGUCCGCUCGUCACCGCAGCCUUCACCGGGUUGUUUUAGGUUGCCGUGCCCGUGUCCCUCCCUCCCUCCCUCCCUCCGUAUCAGGUCAUUAUUUUCCAGAUUCUGUUGAUGUUCAUGGUAUAAGGGUCUCCUGGGUCCCCUGUGGUGUUAGGGUUCCCUUGUAUAUGAAUCGAAAAAUAAUAAAAAUAAAAAUAAAAAUAAAGGACAUAAUGUUUAUCACAAUAUUACUUUACUCUGUGACACUGCAGCUUGGUGGAAUAUAUCAUUGUAGAUGUGGUGCAUGGAUAACUGCUGAAAAAGAAAUAAUAAUAAUAAACUUCAUCAAGCCAUUUGUGUCAGUGGGUUGGAUGCAUAAACAAAGGAAACAAAGUGGUGCCUGUUUGAGAUGAUAAAGGGAAAUAUUAAACUUUAAACAUUUGUUUGGUCUCUGACAUUCACAGUAAGUACGUCUAACUGCAUUGCCACCAUGUUUUAUUUACCGUCUCGCUGAGUAAUUGUGUUUUACUCACAUUAUUCUGUACUAGUAUUAAAAUUAGCUGCAAA